AUUCUCCAUCUUCCCCGUCGAUAUUCCGAAUCCUUAUUAACUCCGAGAAACAAUAAUACUGUGUAACAAGACGACAAUAAUGUCUGUUAGAAAAGGCGGCGAUGAGAAUAAUAAGGAGAGGAUUGUCGGAGGCACUGAACACGCCUGGUGCAAAGCCGUCUCCGGCGGCACAGGCAUCACAGUGCUGGCGUUUCUCGUGUCGCCGGAAGCGGCGGACACUUGUGUUCUCCGAAAUGCCCUCCACAACAUCCUAAAUUCCCAUCCUACCCUCCGCUCCAAGCUUCUCUACAACGCCGCAACCAAGGCGUUCUCCUUCGCCAUAUCCGCCACCCCAGACGUCCAAAUCACGCGCUUCGACGCGCCGGCGACUCUGCAGUUACUCCGGUCCCGGAAAGAUUCCUCAUCCGACGUCGUUUCUCUCUCUCCCUUCCAGAUAAUCCUCGAGCACGAGCUGAGCAACAACGCCGCGUGGCGAAACCCUAAUUCCUUCCCGCCUUCCGGCGCCGACGUGCUCUUCGCGAGCGUUUACGCGUUGCCGGAGGACGGGAAGCGCGUGAUGGCGCUGCGGUUCCACACGGCGGUGUGCGACCGGACCACGGCGGUGGCGCUGCUGGGGGAGUUGAUGGAGUUUAUGGGGGAGGGGACACUGAAGGGAAUAAAGAACGAAGGGGAGGGUAGUUUCGGAAUAGAAAAUGUUGUCCCCAGUGAGAAAUCAAAGAAGAGGCUUUGGGCUCAUGGCUUAGACAUGCUGGGGUAUUCUGUCAACUCUUUCCGUUUGACUAAUUUGAAGUUCAAUGACGUAAAAGGGCCUAGGCAUUCUCUUGUGGUUAGGCUGCAGUUGAACCUCCAUCACACUUCAAGAAUCCUUGCAGGUUGCAAAUCUGCUGGGAUCAAGUUAUGUGGAGUUUUAACAGCAGCAGGAUUGAUAGCAGCACAUUCUUCAAGAUCCCAGUGGGAUCAUCAUCAUCAGCAGCAGAAGAAGAAAUAUGGAGUUGUGAUACUCACUGACUGCCGUUCAAUUCUUGAUCCCCCUCUUUCUUCUCACCAUUAUGGAUUCUAUCACUCUGCAAUUCUCAACAUGCACACCAUGAAGGGAGGAGAAAGCCUGUGGGAUUUGGCAAAGAGAAGCUACAAUGCCUUCGAGAAUUCCAAGAAAUCCAACAAACAUUUCUCGGACAUGGCGGACCUCAAUUUCCUGAUGUGCAAGGCCAUCGACAACCCUAAUCUGACGGCGUCAUCAUCGUUGAGAACCUCCUUUAUAACGGUGUUCGAGGAGCCGGUGGUUUACGACAUCAGCGCCGACAUCCAACGGGACCUCGGCGUGGAAGACUACGUGGGGUGUUCCUCGGUUCACGGCGUGGGACCGUCGAUCGCCGUGUUUGACGCCGUGAUUGACGGAAAACUUGACUGUGCAUGUGUUUAUCCGUCACCUUUGCAUUCCAGGGAACAAAUGCACGAGCUGGUUGAUGAGAUGAAGAGGGUUCUUAUUGAUGCCACCAAAUGCAUUGAUGAAUAGGGGGAAUUUACUGUCAAAAAAAUUUCAGAAUAUUUUAAGUUAAUGACAUUUCUUUGAAGUAAAAUUCAUUAGUUUUUGAACUAA